CCAAGAACCAAACCAAGCAGAGCACGAUGAUCAUCCUGGCCGGCGGCGAGCGGUUGCCGUCGAAAAGUGCCAGACCUUCUUCGAAGCCAUCUCGUGCAACUCGUUCUACCUCGGUGAGGUGGGCGACGUGACCAAGAGAAACCUGUUGCUGCAGAUGAUGAUUUACAGCGUGACGCUGGCCGGCAUAACGUAGGAUUGUAAGAUUCAGUGAUGCAGCAUGCAGCCGCGACUGCGAAUGAUCAGCCCGGAACUCGAUUCAUCCAUCAAAAUCUGGAAUGGGAAACGGGAAAUCCUUCGCGAGUUGGGCGGCCAGCAUUGAGUGCGUCGACCCGGUCGUGCUGCAGUACAUCAUCGGUUACGGAACGCAUUACGGCAAAUUGCCCUCAGUUGGAUUCCGGUGUGAUUGCGGUCGUUUGGGCAAGAUUGUACCAGCAUCAAUUCUACAGCUCAACAAGAAACCCUUACAAACGGAUGUCCGAGCUGGUCGCCGGGAAAGACAGCGCAUGGCCAACACACGAACUUCACUCUGUAAGCCGAUCAAACGAUUCGGAACGACACAAAGUGUCCGAGCUGGCAGGAAAAGAAAAUUAGAAAUAGUGCAAACGACCUCCUUGCGAAGAAUUAAAUAGCAAAGUUCAAGUGUUUAAGAGAAAAUUAUACGCAAUAAAUCAGGUUGAGAAUAAAUAUUUCGUUUGUUUAUGUUUGACAUGACAUUUCUAGGUAGAAACCAAUUCGAUAUCUAUCCCUGGCCCAAAAAUGGGCUUUGUGUAAUAUUACACAUUUCUGGGUGUACAUUCAUGGAUGUAAUUUUAAGCGUUUUUUUUCACAAAGGUGAUGUGCAUGCUUUUUGAUGCGAUUUUACCAUCGGAUUUUUUUCUGUGUAUCUAAAAUAUUGUAAAAU